GUUUUCAUAAGUCACGUUGUAAAUAAAAUCUUGAUUCUUGAGUGGAAAGAAGCAAUUAAUAGGAAUUAAAUCGGGUAAUUUAUGUUGAUAAAGAAGAUGAAUUGUGCUUUAUUUAGAAAAACUAGUACAUUUGUUUCAACUCUGUCUACUGUAAAAUUUAGCACAACUAAUUCAGUUAAUCAUAUUAUGAAGAUGACUAGACUUAGAGUUAUUGACAACAGUGCAUUAGGUAAACAAGCUAUGCUGGAAGGAAAACCACCUGUUUGCAUUCAUGUAUAUAAGAAAGGAAAACCAACAGGUAUUGGAACAAUAGGAGACAAAAUUUUAGUAGCAGUCAAAGGACAGAAAAAGAAAGCAUAUAUUUUAGGUGUAAAACAGAAACAAAAGGCACUCAUUCCAAAAUUUGAUUCUAAUAAUAUAUGUCUUUUAAAUGAUGAUGGUAGUCCAAUGGGGACAAGAAUAACCAUGCCUGUACCUUCUAUGCUUAGAGCAAAGGAAGGUGAUUUCUCUAAGAUUCUUGCUAUAUGUACAAAAUUUGUUUGAAUUUAUUUAAAAAUAUGAUUAAAAAUUUUAAAUAGUUUUUAUGAAAUAUUGCAAAUUAAACUCAUCAAAACAACAUUUCAUAAAA